AUGCCGAGCUACCUAUCUGGCAGCCCUAAAAUGGCCAGUUCCAAAACGAAGGCCUGGAACCUGGGAUGCAGAAGCGGUAAUUUCGAAAACAAGAUGAACUGGUACUCGGUCAGCUCUGCAUUGACUAUGCUAUCGGAUAGCGACGUGGAGGGAGGGUCGGAAGAGUUCCACGACUCCACAACAGUUCGUUUUUGCAAGGAGCAAGGGUCCGGCUGUCUGUUAGAAACACCGCGAGGAUGGACGCCACGGCUUUCGUGGGCGAAUAAGGAAGGCUGGAGUAGAUAG